GACAGUAUCCUUCUGCCAUCUCUAUGCUGCGACGCUUUGCUCAUCACUCGUUCACUCGUUCACCACGAUCACCACCACUCUCGUGAUUGCUGGCUGCGCGCCUCGGCCGUCUCCGUCCCGCCGCUGGCACUCUCCUCCGUCACUUCGCCACAGCCAUCCCCUCUCUUGAUCUACCCCCGCAGCCCCCUCUUGCAUCAUCACAUUUCAUCCCCGCACUGACCUCCUCGGCCUCCUCCUUCAUUAUCCCCCCUCCUGACACGUACAUCAACCCCGACGCCUCCUCUCUUGCUCUUUUCUCUCCCUCAACGCUGUCGUGGCAAUGUCCUCCAUAGCCGGCGACAACACCCCCGUCCCCUCCGGCAUGCCUCGCGGCAAGCGACCUGCCCCACCGCCCCUCAAGACCAAGUCGUCCAUGUCUUGGGACAUGCGGCCUAGACACACACUUACUUCUCUCCUACGCAUGCAGACGCAGGAGGACUCGAAGCCGCGCGUCUCCAAAAUCUCGUGGCUCGACGAUGUCAUGGUGUACUCCUCAUCCAUCCUCCCCGUCGUCCUGCGUCCCGUCAUCUUUUUUACCGCCUGGAGUGCCGUCGUCGCCGUCGCAUCGAUCGUGUAUGGCAAGGACCUUGCCCUCACGAAUAAUGUUGUACCCCUGCUCUCAGUUGUCGUUGGUUUGCUCCUCGUCUUCCGCAACUCGUCCGCUUACGAGCGCUACGCCGAGGGGCGUAAGGACUUCACCGCACUCAUCUCAUGCGCUCGCAACCUUUCUCGUGCCGUGUGGAUCAACGUUGUUCCGCCGCCCGACCGCCCCUUGUCACGCCUUGAGCGCCACCAACUCACCCACAAGAAGAAGGAGAUCAUCCGCCUGAUUCUCGGCUUCGUGUUCGCCACAAAGCACUACCUUCGCUCGGAGGGCGGUGCAGAGCAUGCGGAUCUCCAAGGCCUGCUGCCCAAGUCGCUUGCGAGGUUUGUCUGGGAAGGCCCGACCGACGAAUGUGAAGAGGUACUUGACGACGACGCCCCCAGCACGUCUUGCACACCUCCCGUCCUAUCGCCCCGCUCAUACUCGACUACCGCACUUCAGGAGCGCGGUGACGAAGAACGCGUCGUCGGCCUCAGCCUUGCCCCUCCCAGCUCACCUACCAGAGUCAAAUCCAACUCGUUCUCCUUCCCUCCCCCGUCUCCAGUCGAGGUUCGUCCCAACCGCCCGCGCCCCGUGCGCCGCCCUACCGCCGUACGUGUGCGCCCCACGAUCACCGAGAAGACGUCCACUUCAUCUUCCGGGAACAGCAGUGCCAACGAGCGCACGCCACUCAUCAAGUCCGGCGUCCGCUCUGACCUUCGUCGCACCCACCAAGACGUCGAGACACAGACCUCGUCGCUGAAGACGGCUCAUCGUGACAAGCUCGGCCGCAUGGUUGAGGUCGGACUUCCCCUCGUCAUCGCCCAUGAAAUCAGCCGCUCAUUGUUCCGCUUCCGCCGCAAUGGCAACCUCGAGUCCAUAGGGCCUGCGGGCUUCAACUCCAUGAGCACCAGUGUACAGAACAUGGUCGACCAGCUGGGGUCUAUGGAGCGUAUUCAAACUCCUCUACCCUACGUCUUCACUUCGCAUCUCAAGCAGUGUGUCACGAUCUACCUGCUGUGUCUGCCCUUUGUGCUCGUUGACGUGUUGGGCUGGAAGACGAUUUUCAUUGUGGCCACCACAGCGUUCACGCUCUGUGGCGUUGAGGGUAUCGCGGCACAGGUCGAGAUGCCCUUUGGCACUGAUCCCUCUGACCUGAACCUCGACCUGUUUUGCACCGAGCUGCUAUGCGAAUGCGAGGCGGUGCUUGAACGUCUCCCAGAGGGUGACGAAGAUGAUGAGAUCACGUUCGUGCGCUCGCCUACCCAGAUAGUUCAGGACGAGCUGGACGGAGAGUAGAGUUGCAGCCAGUGGCCGUCUAGCUGGACUAUCGCGGCUUUGAUUCGAGUUGAUUUUGUUGUGAUAUGCUGUUGCCAUAGGAUCGUAUCUACGUCAAUGUAGUUGGCGGCGUAGACCUCCAUCCUCCCUCUUGAGUUCGGCGAGCAUGCAUAAAGCAGUCGCGUGGGUG